AGAAAUAACCGAAGUUGCAAAAUACGUAAACGUAUCUUAUUGGUAAUAUGGCAUCUAGCACAAGUAAACAAAAUGAAAAUGGAAUGACUGCAAUGCAGUUCAAUAUUCUCCAAUCAGAUUUCGCUAACUGGUAUGACAACCAGAAAUGUCUUUCUAUGUUGAAAGUGUUGUUUAGAGAUAUAGUGGGCAAUGCGGCAGAAAAAAAGUCCACGUCAGAAUUGUUGAAUGAUUUGUGUACACAAUACUAUAUUGGUCCAGAUAAUCUUAUUCUACUACGUGAUACCAUCAGCAUCACUAAGCAUUUUGCUCUAGGACAGAUGCUUAAAAAGAAAUAUCCAUCGUUUCCGGAUGUUAAGGACGACAUCAUUUCCACACAAUUCACACCUCACAGACAAAAGCUAAUGAAAUUUGGAAAAAAACUAACUGAACACGAUGUCAAAAGAAUAGAUGAAUUGUAUAAUUCACCAGCUCCUAAGAUGUAUCCGGACGCUUGGUGUAUGAUCAGUGAUCUAGAAAAAAAUUUGAAAAUCGUCGAAGGAAAAAUGGAGGAAUUUUAUAUGUAUUUGGAGCACCUUAACCUCCAUCUGGCUUUAAACGCACUAAAAGAAGAACUAUCUACACAGGAAUUACGUUAGCUGCUCGACGAUGUGUCCGAAUGGUGGGAGCAAUUUGGAAACAUUAAUAUGUUAAAAGUGAUCCUCAACGAUUUGGAAGGCAUUACUUUAGCAGAGAUGGAGCAAAAACUAGAUCCAAACCCUUUCUUUCAAUUACUUUUGGCCAAUGGAUAUAUUAGCCAAACAAAUGUUAAUUAUCUUCUCGAGGCUGUUGUUUUGGGUGGCCAGAAUGGUAUAGAACCGAAGAUAAAGGAAACGAUACCGAAAUUCCCGGAAUUUAGUAGCGUUGCAAUCAGUGGAUUCUCAAAAUAUCGACGAAAUUUGAUAGAA